AUGGCGGACGUAUGGUAUCUACCAGAUAUGAAAACUUGUCAGUUUCCUAAAGGUCUUUGUCAUGAACAUAACAAAAACUUUUUAGAUAUGUUCUGCGAGGAUUGUAAAGUGACAUUGUGUUUGUCAUGUGCAAAAGCGAAUCACAAGGACCACAACUGGGACUCUAUUAGGAACAUAGCUAACCGAAUACAUGACAACAUUGAAUCGGAGUUUAAAGAAAUUCGAGACCAUCACUUAAAAGCACUAGAAGAAGAUUUGAGCGCAGUUCAUGAACUGGAGGAAGAAGAAAAACUUCAAAAUCAGUUUGAUUUAAUUGUGCAAACAUUAUCCAACGUUAAGGACAAAUUAUUGAGCUGUUUGAAAAAUCAUUGGACGAAAAAGAAAGAAUAUCUAGAAAACACGAAGGGGCGUAUCGAAAAGCAGAGAGAGAAAAUCAGCAAAACAAUGUGUUUCAUUAAAGAGAGCAAUUUGAGUGAUUCAAAUCUUGUUGAAAUAUACAUACAAUUACAAAACCUACUGAAACAAGAAAAAUAUGAGUUUUCUAAUAAUGCCUUUUCGAUUCGUUUUCUUCCGGGAGAACUGGAGGAGUUUUCUUUAGAGAAAAUGAUUGGGGUUUCAAAGGACGUUGAUGACUUCAAAUUUGAUAUUAUUUCUAGUUUUAAACUGGAAAAAUCUCAAAUCGAACAAAUUCAUUCUCUAACCGAAAAUACAGCAUGGCUUUAUGAAGAGUCACGAUGCUUGCUUGUUGAUCAGAACGGAACAUCACAGGACAACAAGCAAGUGGACUGUGAAUUUGGAGAUUUUACGGUCUGUUCCUAUGGUAAUAUUUAUUUUACAGACUUAGACUCCAAAAGCAUCAGAUUAUUGACAUCAUCGGGUGAAGAGAGACUCGUCUUAGAAACGGAACCUCUGAUUCCAACAGGAAUUUGCUGGUCUGUCGUUGGAGGAUUGCUCAUAACACUUUGUGGAGAUGACGAUCCUUAUAACCCAGAUAGCACGUGUAGGCGAUUGGUCAGAAGCAUAACUUUAAGUGGAAGGAAGGUAAAAGAAAUUGAAUUCGAUGCCAAAAACAACAGACUAUUUACAUUUCCCACUAGAGUUAUACAAAACAAAAACACAGAUAUAUGCGUUAUCGACAUGAAAGAGUGUGAUGUUGGAGAGGUUCAUAUUUUAUCUUCCAGUGGUGUGAGUAGAUUUGUGUACCGUGGAUGUGGUAUUAACCAGAAGAAUCCGUUUUGCCCGAGCGCAUGUGUGUGUGAUUCCGAGCACAAUAUUAUAGUAACAGACAUAUACAACAGUCUUAUCCAUAUUAUUCACUCAGAUGGAGAGCUUUUAAAAAUUAUUUACAUGCAAGAGAAUUUAGAACCUUCUUGCAUGUCCAUUUGUAAGGAAUUACAUGGAUUGGGACCACAGGUGGUAAAGUAA